AUGUCGAGGAGGCAUUUUAUUCUGGCAGUCGUCGGGACGCUGUCACUCAUACCCAGUCUUGGUCGCGCCGCCGAUGUGCCUGCCGCAGUAUGGCUUGAACCCUCAUUGCACUGGCAUGGUAUCGAUGGUAAUUGGUCGUCAACAACGCUCUUCGUCGGCGAGCCUGCUCAGGAAGUUGAUGUUGUUGUGAGCACAAGUCUAUCCGAAAUAUGGGUGGUAGAGAAUAGUGGGUGUGCAAGUCCUCUAUGUAAUGAUGCUCGGGGAGGUGUAUUCGAUAGAAACGCGUCAACAAGCUGGUCGCCCAUGGGACUAUGGCAACUUGGACUGAAGGCGAUUGGCAUACACGCCAAUGGAGACUACGCAAAGGAGACGGUUGUGGUAUACGAUAGUGUUCGGCGAUGGCAAACGUCAUUUGACAAACUACUUGUUGCUGGCAUCAACGACACUUCUGCUUAUACAGGUUUCUUUGGUCUCGGAAUAACAGAAGGAAACUUCGGUGGUGUCGUGGCACAAGGUCCAAUUACAUCAUUAGUACAACAGAGUGGAACAAUACCAAGCCAUAGCUACGGGUACACGCCAGGAGCCUAUUAUGCUGGCGCGAACGGUGUCCCAAUGUCUUUGACAUUAGGCGGUUACGAUGCCAACCGUUUCGAACCUCACGAUACUCGGUUCAGUCUGAACUCUACCACACGACAGCCUCAGGUUCUGGUACGAGCUAUCACAGCAUCAGUAUCAGAUGUCGAACAAGCACCCACAGAGUGGUCCACCGCAUCGAUGCCUUUGUUGUCAUACAAUGAAUCUGUCACGGCUAUGAUUGAUAGCUCAACUCCCUACCUGUGGCUCCCAUCACACGUUUGCGAUCGCUUCGCCAGCGCUCUCAAUCUUACUUGGAACGAAACUCUCGGGCUAUACGUGUUCUCAAACAACGACGUCUUGGAUAGUUAUAGAUCAGCGCCUGGGUUAUCGUUCACAUUUACGUUCUCAAGUGCAGACAACACGGGUAACUUUGGGGCGCCAACAAACAUGACUGGCAUAGUCAACAUUACGGUUUCUGCAAACGCGUUUAUACAAAGUCUUCAAUAUCCAUUCAUGAACCACAUAGACUACGGCGCACCAGCAAUUCCGUACUUCCCGUUAAAACGAGCCGAGAAUAGUAGCCAACUAACUAUAGGACGCUCAUUCUUGCAGGAGGCUUACAUGAUAACCAACUAUGAGACAAGCACGUUCUCAAUCCAUAAGGCUCGAUUUCCUGAUAAUCCACUGAGGAACACGUCGAUUUUUACCAUUGCCCACUCACUAAAUAGCCCCUAUCCUGGACCCCCUAUCAAGGAAGAGUCAAAAGGCAUUACGCAGAACCAAAUAGCCGGUGUUGUAGUUGGCCUGUGCUUAGGAGCAAUUGCUCUUGUUACGACUAUAGUGCUUGUGCGACGGAGAAAGAGGGCGUUUAAGGACAAUGGGAACGAGAAUGAGCCGCAGGAAUACAAGGAGAAAUACUGUGCGGCAGAACCGGAAUCCCCCAUAAGUCCCACUACAAUGACUUUGUUUCGAAUGAAGACGCGAGCUAAGAGUUGCCCGAAGAAGACAACUCAGGCUGAGGGCCCUGUUGACGCACAUGAAGUAGGUGCGGACUGGAGCCACGAGCGCUACGAAAUGCCGGCUCAAAUGCCUGUUGAACUAGACGCAACCGAUACAACGACGAGUGCAUAUUUCGCAGUCCCCGCUGGAGAAGACACCCUUGGCGAAAAUUCUUAUAAACGGCCACAGCAGUGGGCUCAGUUGACUCAGCCAGCUGAUUCAGAAGACCAAUCGAAAUCGUCGGGCGUCAAUAGCAGGGCUGCUCACGUACCACCGCCCAUUAACACGCAAUAUCGGGAUAGCCCUUCACCUACAUCGAGUCCAACUCAGGAGAAUGACAUAAGCAGAAUGCCUUCUCCCAUAACACCUCGUAGCGACGGCUCCACUUACUUCGGAGACUAUCCUUCUCCUAUAGCUGGCUUCUUUCCAGCCCGAACCUUAUCUAGAUCUACUAUUUCAAACCCCACUAUGGCUUAUACACCGCCAUCACCAACAGGUGCCAGCGAUUCGACAAUGCUUGCGCGCUCAGCCUCCUCAGUCACAUCCAUUAGAUCCCAGGCAACAGUCUCUGUUCCACAGCCGCCGAUCCAGAGGACUCCGAUUGACUCUACAAAUGUCGUAUGUCUUGGACCAUUGCCCGACAAUGUUCGAUUUCCACACCAGAUGAUGGUGCAACGACCACCCGGCUCCCAGAACCACGAUCUCGUCUUACCCACAAUGCCCACUAUUGCCUCUGAAAACCCUUCAAGACGGCACUCUACUGCUGACACAUUGGGGAGCAAUUUUACGCUCGAAGAAGAGGCAAGAGUAGCAGCAGUGACUCGGGGCGACGCCGCUUGUGGGAGAAUAGAUGGCUUUGAUAUUGUGCAUGUUCCCCAGAUGGCGCAUAGACGUUAUAGCUGGGAAGAAGAAGAACGGUGA